AUGAAUGAGGGUUUUAUGCAGUGCUCAGCAAACUACAGACCCUUGUCACCGAUAAGCUUCUUGGAGCGAGCAGCUGUCAUCACUGGCGAUAAGCCUUCCGUCGUCUACGGCGGCGUAAGGUAUUCGUGGAAGGAGACGCUUCAAAGAUGCCUCAACUUCGCUUCCGCUUUGGUCCGGUUAGGAGUAUCCCGCCAUGAUGUUGUUGCAGCUAUAGCACCAAAUAUUCCAGCACUCUAUGAGCUCCAUUUCAGUGUUCCAAUGGCCGGAGCAAUUCUGUGUGCCCUAAACUUUAGGCUGGACUCACCCACAUUAUCAUUGAUAUUACAACAGUUGGAGGCCAAAGUCAUUCUCGUAGACUAUCAGUAUCUUCAACUCGUCCUCCAAGCAAUUGAAAAAUUGUCUCCAAAACAAUGCAAGCCACCUCUACUCAUUCUCAUCCCAGAGUGUGAUCAACUCUCAUCUAAUAAUGGUACUAUUGAUCAUGACCUUCCACCAGGUAGCUUGAAUUACAAUGAUCUGCAGGGUACGAAAGCAGAACCAGACUUUGAGAUUCGACGACCGCACAAUGAAUGUGAUCCCAUUUCAGUGAAUUACACUUCUGGUUCAACUGGGAAUCCCAAAGGAGUAGUGUACAGCCACAGAGCUACGUACCUGAAUUCAAUAGGAGCAAUUUUUCAGACUGAAAUGGCUAAAAGGCCAGUGUUUCUAUGGACCGUUGACAUGUUUCGCUGCAACGGAUGGUGCUUCCCUUGGGCAGUUGCUGCUCUUGGGGGAACCAAUAUCUGCCUCAGGAAAAAUCUCUCCGCUAGGCUCAUUUUCGAAGCGAUUGAUCUUCACAAGGUAACACAUUUUUGUGGCUCACCCUGCAUUUUAAACAUUCUAGCACUUUAUGCCUCAAAAAGUGACCACAUUAGGUCUUUGACAUCAACGGUGAAUAUUCUUGUUGCCGGUGCAUUGCCGCCGUCGCAAAUUCUUAAGCAAGUUGCGGAUUUGGGUUUCAAUGUGAGCCAUGGUUAUGGUAUGACAGAGGCUCUAGGUCCAGCAAUUGUUACCCCAUGUAAACCAGAACUAGAGUCUCAGUACAACCUGAUGAUGGAAGAAGUUGAUGUGAAAGACCCAAGCACCAUGGAAAGUGUUCCAUAUGACGGUAAAACAAUGGGGGAGAUUAUGUUUAGGGGAAACACUUUGAUGUUGGGGUACCUCAAAAAUUCAAAAGCAGUGAAUGAGCCUUUUAAGGGUGGGUGGUACAUGACUGGUGACCUAGCAAUUAGGCACCCAGAUGGGUACAUUCAAAUGAAGGAUAGGGCAAGGGACAUGAUCAUUUCUGGUGGGGAGGCUGUGAGUUCACUUGAGGUAGAGGCAGUUUUGUUGACUCAUCCUUGUGUUUUGGAGGCUGCUGUUGUGGGGAGAAAUGAUGAUUGCUUGGGGAAGACUCCUUGUGCUUUUGUGAAGUUGAAGGAGGGGUCUGGUGGUGAUGGAAAUUCAAGUACUUCAAAGGAGAUUAUGAAGUUUUGUGGGGAGAAAUUGCCUGCUUAUAUGGUUCCAAAAGCUGUGGUUUUUGGGGAUUUGCCAUUGAAUUCUACUGGGAAGAUACAGAAGCUUGUCCUGAGGGAGAAGGCAAAUAAACAGGUUUAAGCUGAUGAGACCCCUUCAUGAAUAAGACUGCAAUUCUGGGCUGUAAAUAAGGACUCACAGAUCCUCUCCUAAUAAUCCUCCGCUAAUAUUGCCUCAUAAGGCAAUCUCGGCCAUCCAUUCUUAAUGAAUGGCUAGGAUAUCUCUUAGUUUGUUUCUUAAGAUAUAUCAUCUAUCCCCGUCUCUUCUCCAAAUUCUCUUCUCAUCUAUACUCAUAUAUACCAGAAGUUUAGCUCUCAAAAAGAGUCACAGAAGGGUCGAUCAGCUCCACCUUCACCUCCGAGAUAAUCCCAGAUCUGCACCUCCACCUCCAUCUAUGUACUCCCACCUUUUUUUCCUUCUGAUUGUAGCUGAAAAUGUCUAAGGCGUCAUACUUCAGUUUUCGCUUUUGUAAUGUAGUCACAUUUUAGGACUGGAUGCCUGUUUGAUUCUUUUCUUGCUGGAAAUUGUUGUUCACGGAUGGGUUAUGUUAAUUUGUGUACUGAUGAGACAGUACCAAUUGCAAUU